UAGUCGAAAACAAGAGUGGCUCCAAGCUGUCCGUAACACCGAGCAGAGCGGAUUAAAGUCCCGCAGAGAUGGCAGGGGAGUCCGAGGACGAGGUCCCAGAAUCAGGAGCAGUUUUCACUUUUGGAAAGAGCAAAUUUGCCGACAACGUGCCGAGUAAAUUCUGGCUGAAAAACGACGUGCCAUUAAAGAUUGCGUGUGGGGACGAACACACUGCCUUAAUAACAGAAAAUGGGAAACUCUUCAUGUUUGGCAGCAACAACUGGGGUCAGCUGGGUCUGGGGUCCAAAGUGACUGUGAACAAGCCGACUUGUGUCAAAGCUCUGAAGAGUGACAAAGUGGAGUUCGUGGCGUGUGGAAGAAACCACACUCUGAUCUCCACAGCUCAGGGGAAAGUGUUGGCGUCCGGUGGGAACAGUGAGGGUCAGCUGGGGCUCGGUGACUGUGAGGAGAGGACCACCUUCCAGAGGAUCUGCUUCUUCGACUCACACGGACCAAUCAAAAUGCUCGCUGCCGGGUCAAACACUUCGGCUGCUCUCACAGUGAGCGGGAAACUGUUCAUGUGGGGCGACAACACGGAGGGUCAGAUCGGUUUGGGGAAGGAAAGCCACGCCUCCUCGCCACAGGAAGUCAAUGUGGGACGACCAAUCAGCUGGGUCUCCUGUGGAUACUACCACUCCGCCUUCGUCACAGUUGAUGGCGCUCUGUACACGUUUGGCGAGCGUGACAGCGGUAAACUGGGUCUGGGCACCGAGCAGCUGUCCCGACACCGAGUCCCUCAGCUGGUGAAGAGCAUCAAGGAGCCGGUGAUCCAGGUGGCGUGCGGUGGCGGACACACGGUGGCGCUCACAGAGGACGACGUCUUUACGUUUGGCCUGGGUCAGUUCGGACAGCUCGGUCACGGGACGUUCAUAUUCGAGUCGCGUCUGCCACGGCCGGUCGAGCACUUCAAGAAGGGCCGAGUGUGUCAGGUGACCUGUGGAGAGAACCACACGGCCGUCAUCACAGACGGCGGUUUGUUGUACACGUUUGGAGAUGGCAGACACGGGAAACUGGGCCUGGGAGAAGAAAACUUCACCAACCAGUUCAAACCCACUCUGUGUCCACGCUUCCUCAAGUACCACGUUCACGCCGCGCCGUGCGGUGGCUGCCACAUGGUGGUGCUGGCCCGUCCACGGGGGGAGAAUGGUGCCAACCUGACUCUGGAGGAAGGAGACGUGACAGAAGAUUACCUGGAGAGGCCCUACGUGGAGCUGCUGGGGGACACGUCGGACUGCUCCACCCUGCAGAGGAGCCUCUCUGCUCGGGUCCGCCGCAGAGAGAGGGAGAGAUCUCCGGACCAGUUCGGCUCCAUGUUCCGCACGCUGCCCGCCAUGAUGCCUGGCUACCUCCACCCGCCAACGCCUGUCUCCACCACCUUCCCGCCCAGACUGCCUCCACCCGAGCUGACCCACAGACAAGUGCUGAACGGCUCCCAUCAACACAGGAGAGCAGGGUCACUGCACCAGGAGCAGCCCGGUGUCGAGGCAGACGGCAUUGUGGAGAGCUUGACAGACAGCGACAGUGUGAAAGGUCUGGGAGAAACCUCAGACUUCCUGAACAUGACACAUGUGAUGAAGAUGGACCCUGCUGAUAAAUCUCUCACUCUGUCUCCAAUUAACAAGAGGAAGGGUAAGCACGCUAAGACCACUAGAGGGCAGAUAAAGGAGAGUAAGUUCAUGAAGCAGAGCAAUUUUUCUUCUGGUAAGAGUCAGGACGUGUCUCCUCGCCGCAGCGCGCGCUCUCUGUCCUCUCAGAGUCCACAGAGACCCAGAACAGAGAGCGUGAUCCUGGCCAUGGAGGAGCUGCACGGGAAAUCCAUUAAAAACAAACCCAGCGUCACAGACAUCAGGAGGGCGGCGUCCAAACAGCGGCUCCAGACGGCUCAGGAGGAAGGCCGGCUGAUUGAGGUGGGCAGCACGCCGAGAGAGAGUCCUAAAACCAGAAAGACGGGUUCAGCUGUCAAAAGUGAAAGCAAAACGAUGGCGGUGCAGAGUCAGCUUGCAGCGAGCCCUCGACUGCUCACCAGAUCUGAAAAACAAUCAAAGAGCGAGAACUCUUUUUCUAAAAAGUCCAAAAACGAGAAAAACCAGAAAGAGGCUCAGUCCAAAAAAUGGACAGAGAAAGAGCUUGGCAUGGUCGCCGGAGCAGCCUCUCUGGCAGCAGGCGCGUUGUUGAUGCAUGAGGUUACUGCAGUGAGCUCGCCAUCGCCAUCCGAGAGCAGCCGCCACGUCCUGAAAGACCAGGAGUCUGAAUCCUACGCCGCAGAUUUAAGCAACAAGUCUGUUGUCAGCAUCAACAUCAUACCAGAGAGUCCUGAUGCCGGGACGAGUCAGGACGAGGAGGAGGAGACGAGUCUGAACAAGGAGGAGACGAGCCGGAACAAGGAGGAGACGAGUCAGGAGGAAAAGGAGACCAGUCAGGAUGAGGACAAGACCAGUCAGGAGGACGAGGAGGAGGACGAGGAGGAGGACGAGGAGGAGGACGUGGAGGAGACGAGUCGGAACAAGGAGGAGACGAGUCAGGAGGAAAAGGAGACCAGUCAGGAGGACGAGGAGGAGGAAGAGGAGGAGGAGAGUCGGCAUGAGGAGGAGACAAGUCAGAAGGACGCGGGGGUGAAGAGUCUGGACAAGAAGGGGAUGGGCCAGGAGGUGGAGGAGAAGGAAGAAGAGGAGGCGGAAGAGGAGGAAGAGGAGGAGGAGGAGGAGGAGAAGAAAGGUCAGAGAAUGAGUGCAGAUGUGAGUGAGGAGGAGGAAGAGGAUGAGGAUGUCAGUCACAGUGUGGAGAAAGUAACAGAAGAAGAAGAAGAGGAGGAGGAUGAAGAGGAUGAAGACACUCUUCAACCAGAGGACGAGUCAGAAAGUGACGAAGAAGAAGGGGGGGAGCAGGAGGAAGAGGAGGAGGAGGAAGAGGAAGCAAUCGGCACGGCAGCAAGUGAAAGUGAAGACGAGACUGAAUCAAAAGACAGCAAAGCAGGAGAAGCAGAAGAGGAGGAGGAGGAAGAGGAGGAGGGUUCGAGUCACGAGACAGACAACAAAGACUCUGACACUGAGGAAGAAGAGGAGGAACAACAGGAGGAGGAGGAGGGUUUGGAAAGUGAAGGUGAGGAAGAGGAAGGUGAAAGUGAGACUUCCAGGGCUUCAGAGAGAGAGGAGAGUGAGACAGAGGGAGGGGAAGAGGAGGAGGAGGAGGAGGAGGAGGAGGAGGAGGAGGAGCAGAGCAGUGAGGAAGAAGAGGGUGAAAAUGAGGAGGAGGAAGAGGAGGAGGAGGAAAAAGAGAGUGAAGAAGAGGAGGAGGAAGAGGAGGAUCAAAACAGUGAGGAGGAGGAGGAGGAGGAGGAAGAAGAGGGUGAAAAUGAGGAAAGUGAGGAAGAGGAGGAGAGUGAGAAAGAAAAGGAGGAGGAGGAGGAGGAGGAGGAGGAGGAGGAAAAAGGUAGUGAUGAGGAAGAAGAGGCAGAGGAGGAAAAAGAGAGUGAAGAAGAGGAAGAGGAGGAGGAGGAGGAGGAGGAGGAAGAGGAGGUUGUGAAAAAGAAAAAGUCAUCUGAAGUGAAAAAAAUGAGAUCUGUCAGUCAGCAGAGGUCCGGGGUCAAAGGUCAGGCAGCAGACGAAGCUGAGGAGUUCUGGGACGACGUGCUGCCACAGUACCUCAACCUCAAAUAACUGAGAAGGACUAAAUAAUAUAACAUAUUAUAACAAUAUAAUCACAUAAAUAAUUUAACCCUUUGGGCUCUCUUAAAUUUACUACCCUUUCAGGCCAUUCGGGCUGAAAAUGUCCACUUCCAAAAAAACGCAAUAAAAACUUUACAGAUUUAUAUUUUUUCUUCUUUUUUCUGCAUAAACCUCUUAAACAACUUCCGCCCUGCUCAAAACUACCAAACAUUCAGAGAUUUUGAGGAUUUUAACACUUUAAAUGCCAGUUUGAUUGCACGAUGUCACUGAUGUUUUAUAGGAAAAGAAAGACAAAAUUGUAGUUAUUUUCCACAAAAUAUUUUUUUGGGGGCUGGGGCAUUGAUUUUUAUCACAGCCUUGGAUAUGUCAAAGAUUAGCAACAAAAUUGAUUUUAAUGCAUUUUUAGUUUUUGUGUCGUGUCAGAUUUAAAAUGUAAAAACCCCUUUUUGGCCACUUGAUGGCAGACAUGUCCACUUCUAAAUGAUGCUUUAAAAAUAUUACUGAUGUAUAUUUUUUUCAACUUUUUUGGUUUAAAUCUUUCAAUCAACUUCAGUCCUGAUAAAAACUCAUCUCAUUUGACUCAUAUCAAAUAUUCUUUUAUUUUCAGGAUUUUAACACUUAGCCCUAAAGGGUCAAAUAAGUUUUUUUCUUUCAGAAUAGUGGAAAUAUUUUAUAUUUGACUGUUUUGUAGAUUUCUCCUAAAUUCACUAAAGGUUUGGCUUCAAAUGGUGAUUUCUAUUAAGAAUGUAUAAAAACUUUUAAAGGCCGUUUUCUCAAAAUUAGUUUUUUCUAAUGCUCUGAGCCAUAAAUCUCAACUUCAGCUCCACUUACAGGCACCAAACUUACCAGUUUUAUUCCUAACUAUAUUCUGAAGGUUUUUACUGAGGGGUUUUUCUAUAUAUCAUACAUACCCUGAUUUAUACAACAUUUUGUUCCUAAAAACAUGACAAAAAUGUAUUUUUUAUGGAUUUAGUCAGUAUUUUCUGAUGUAUGAAAUGAUAAAAGGAAAAAACUUUGAAUCUUUUACAUCAACAAAAUAAAAAAAUUACGUUGAAAUGUGCUUUAUCCAAUGCUCAGAUUUAAUGAGCCCACACCUCAUUUGCAUAUCUAAACAUACAAUUUUAGAAAACUUGUAAUGCAAAACAUGUUGUCUUAAUGUAAAUUACAAACUUGGGAACUUUCAUGGUGAUAUCUACUAUAUGCUAAAAAAAUACCCUAUUCACAUAUAUAGAUAUAAUAUAUCUUUGAAACAUAAAAAGAAAAAUAAAUUCCCAGCUUUUAUCACAGAUGAUCUCAGAACUUUUAGAGGUUAAACUCAAAUUAUCAAAAGUAGUUUGUUUUUGUAUUUUUCAAUCAAAUGAAAUAUGCAUUUUAUAGUUUUACACUAGUAUCUGAGUUGGUUGUUGUGCACUCCCGGUGCCUUUACUGCUCAUUUUCAUUUCAUUAUCUCAUUCAUUUCUCAUGUGUUUUAUUUUUCUUUUCUGUUUUCUUCUGAUAAAACGUUUGCUUUUAAAGCUUUUGUUUACUUCUUUCUUUGGCAGCUUUUCUCUGCAGCUCUGCUCACGAUGAUGUCAUCAGGACAUUUUAUAUUCUGACCAGCUGCUUUAAUUACAAUUUUCACACUUUUAUUGUUCCUCUUUUUACUUGUUUCAGUGUUUCUGUUUCAAAUAAAUAUUUGUUUUUUAUUUCAUUCAUUUUGUUGUUUGUGUUGUUUUUUUAGUGAUAACUUUUAACAAAUUGGAUCUCAUACUAAUAUUAUACACUGUACCACCAAAUGUGUAAACAUAAAAAAGGUCACAAUUUGAUAUAUUAUCAAAUCCACACAUUUUUAUUUAUUUUUUUAUUUAUAUUGCUGCAACCAAUAUCUAUUAUUUCUUCAUUAUUGUUAUUUUUUAUUCAUCUCUCCUUUUUUUCUUUUAAACAGAUUGCUUUUUUUUAAUAAAUGACAGGAAACAGAACCCAGAGUGAUGUUUUGCAGAGCAAUGAUCGAUAGGAUUAGUAUUAAAUAAAGAUACAAAUCAAAAAUAGCAGCAAAAGUUUACAUGCAACUGAGAAAAUCAAAUAACUGUCUGAACGUGUCCUCCUCCUCA